CUCCCAUUUCCCACGCCCGAGCAACUAUUAUACCCUGCUGGCCUUCACGAUUAGAUGUCAAUAUGUUCACUCAUCUUCUAAAGAGAUAUUAAUACGACAGCUCUCGCUCUUAUUCUAUCUUUCCUUGUAUAGCUACUUUAGAUUGUACCCUUCGUCACGACUGUACUCCAAAUGCCCCCCAUAAUGCAUUCGACGCUUAUCAAGCCGCCCGCAGUAGACUCCUCCAUAUCCAGGAUUGAGAAUGUCCUCGAAUUGACCCAGCUGUCCGACAUCGACCCUGACCUCUUCACAAACAUGCGUCCGCUAUGGCAUCCUCCCGGAGCGCGAGGCAUCUUCGGUGGUGCCGUCAUCGCGCAGUGCCUGAGUGCUGCGCAGCGCACCGUUCGUCGAGACUUUACCGUCCAUUCGAUGCACUGCUACUUUGUCCUCGCCGGGAACUCUGAAAUCCCCAUAAUAUACCACGUUGAGCAUGUUCGCGAAGGGAAGUCGUUUGCGACUAGGACAGUCCAGGCGCGACAGAAGGGCAAGGUCAUAUUCACAACCACCCUAAGCUUUGUGAAAGAAGACAGUGGAGGGAAGGUCAAGGUGGAACACACAACUCCGAUGCCCGAAGUACCUGCCCCAGUUGAGGGGAACGAUGAUAUAUAUCCCCAGGGCGACGAAGGCCCGUUCCAAAGUCAACGCGCCGAGAUUUUGAACUACGAGUCCCCUCACCCGCACACAAAGAAGACGAGACAAUGGAUGAAAGCUCGAGGCCGUAUAUCUCCAUCCGGGGGACACGAAGCCCAUCUCUCAGCCCUAGCGUACAUGUCGGACAGCUACUUCAUUGGGACCAUAGCCCGCGCGCACAAGUUGACGCGCUAUUCCUCUUCGCGUACUGGGAACAGCAAAUCUACCAUAGACGAAGAAAUGCUGAAGAAGCUACUCGCCAUGGACGACGAGACGCUGAGGCGAGUACCUGGUAUAGAGGACGAUGACAUCAAGCGACUGCAGUUGCUGAGACAAGGCAAAGACAUAUCAAAAGAGGAAAUGAGGCCGGAAGUUGGGAUGAUGGUGAGCUUAGAUCACAGUAUCUACUUUCACAACCCAAGAGCAUUUAGAGCAGAUGAAUGGAUGUUUACAGAGAUGGAAUCACCAUGGUCUGGAGACGGCCGGGGUUUAGUGUUCCAAAAGAUGUUCACAAAGGAUGGCGUGUUGAUUGCUACGUGCGUACAAGAAGGUGUUGUGCGGCUAAAACAGCCGCCAGAGAGCAAAAUAUGAGCUGAUCAUUUAUUUCUACUCUCCUUAGGACUCGGAUGGAGCACGUGGGAAAUAGCGAUCUUCGGAAGCCCUUGUACAGGAUGAACUCUUCGCAUUUCAAUAACGCAGCGCGUAGAGCGCUGAGCAGAUUGCGAUAUAUUACUUUAGACGUGUAUAAUCUUGCGUAGUUGAAGGCUUCUCUGGUCUUUGAGCAUGCCUGCGAUGAAACGAUUCCAAUUCUACCUGC